ACUGGAGGCUGAGCACUCCAUGACCCCAAACAUCACCAAAUUACUUGAUUUCUAAAACUUUACCAGGCCACAAUUGAAGCCUAUCGGCUAACUAAUAUUACCCUUAGCUAAAAUGAAUUACACUCUCGUUUACCUGCAGUGAUGUUUAAAGAAUAGGUAAUACAGCUGCAGAUUGUAAGCUCGAGUCCACACAGCCACCAUGCAGGCUCUUCCGACGCAUCCUGGUUCAACUUUCCUUAUGAAUGUGUCAAACACAGUAAGAUUGGCAUUUUGUGGAAAAGCACGCAAGGGAAUCUAUGUGGCUGGAGCUGAACUCAGUGGGAACAGUUCUGUUAUACCCACAAAGGAAAAAAGUCACAGAGUGGCAGACGAAAAGAUUGAAAAAAUAUUAAAAUAUCAAAAUGUUGGUGCAUUUCAAAGUCUUCCCAUGGUGAUGCCAUCAAAGGAUAUCCUUUGUUCAGCAAUGAGAAAGGCAAAGAUGGUUGGUCCAACAAAAGGUAUUAUAAACCUAGCAAAGAGAGAACGAAAUCGAGGUGCCAAGCAGCUAGAUGCAUUGAUGAAAGAACUUGCUGUUCCCUUGAGAAAUUAUGUGGAGAGAUUUCCUUCAAACCAGAAUCUACAUCCUUAUGAACAGUCUUUAAUCGAGUUCACCUUAGGAAAAGGCAAGUAUGAAGAGGUUUUGCAAGCAGUUGAUUUGUUUCGAAGGAGGAUUACAUCAAUAGGAAAGCAACAAGCUUCUGUUUGUGCUAAGUCUAUUUCAAAACGCGAAGCAGAGCAGCGAUUAAGUGAGGGAUUCUCCAAAAUGGAAGAGCUUUUUCAGAAUAAUGGAAGAGCAGUAGACAAUCUCUUGAAUAUUGCAAAGACUUUGCGAGCAAUGCCAGUUGUGGAUCUUGAAACACCCACUCUCUGCCUUGUUGGAGCUCCAAAUGUGGGAAAGUCUUCUUUAGUUAGGAUUCUUUCAACAGGGAAGCCUGAGGUUUGCAACUAUCCCUUUACAACAAGAGGCAUUCUAAUGGGCCACAUCACCAUAAAUUAUGAACGUUUCCAGGUGACUGAUACACCAGGACUGCUAAGGAGAUCUGAUGGUGAAAGAAACAAUUUGGAGAAGUUGACACUUGCUGCUUUAUCCCAUCUACCGUCAGCAGUACUGUUUGUUCAUGAUCUUUCCGGUGAUUGUGGGACAUCUGUUUCUGAUCAGUUUCUGCUUUACAAUGAAAUGAGGGAAAGAUUUGGGAAUCGAUUAUGGAUGGAUGUUGUUUCCAAGGCUGAUUUGUUAUCAAAUUCUUCAAGUGCUUCUUAUACCACGGAGAACAAUUACAAGUUAGUUGGACCAGAGGGGUCUCUUCACGUCUCUAUCAAGACCAACCAAGGAAUUAAUGAGCUUAAACAAAAAGUCCAUGAAGUUCUUCUAUGCGAGUUAUCCAAAACUAAAAGCAUGCCACCAAAUUAUCGCGAUGGAGGAGAUGACAUCUCAGAAGCAAUUGGUUUACAUUCAAGAUAGUCCCACUGGUUGUCCAUAAAGCAUGGUUGACGGUCUUGUUUUUGUGCUCAUGUAUUUCACAGUAUUAAUGGCGUUAUAUCUUACAUGUAUAAGAUAUUGUACAAAAGUUAUAUGUAAGCAAAUUGCAUCGCAUAAACUUUAAAUCAUAUAAAUUUGUAAAUGAAUUAGUUAACGAUGACGAUUCCUUUCACUUUUAAAAGUUAUUCAAUAUCUUUAUCUUUAUUUUAUAUAGAUAGGAGGAUGUAUCAGCUGUGUGGUCCAUUGCUCUAAUUAAUUACAAUGUCUGACUAUGAAUUGAUAAGAAUCAUCUGUCUUUAAAACUCUAUUUAAAAUAUAUUGAGAGAUAUUCAUUU